GUGAAAGUGAAAGAGGAGAAGGAUGCUUCGUCGAUGGCUCCGGGGAGCCCGCCGACGCCGCCGCACACCCCCCAGAGUCCACCGCGGCACAAUCCGCCUCCCGGAAACCUGUCGCAGUCCUGUCAAACGUCCAACGCCAAUUCUCCGAGUCUUCAGCAACAGCAGCAGCAGCAAGAAUCCAAUCAGCAUCACCAACAACAGCAGCCACAGCAGUCAAAUGCUCAGGCGAUCCCAAACUCGCCCCUGAGCCAGAUUUUGGUCCAGAAUCCGGCACUGGCGCAAUUGCUGCAACAGAACCCAGCAAUCCUCUCGCAGAACCCCCAGUUGGCGCAGUUGCUGCAACAGAAUCUACAGGUCCAAAUGGGCAGCGUUCUUUUCCAGAACGUGAGGCGGGAGGAGCCCGAGGAGUCGAGGGUACCGCCGACAAUAGCGAGCCUGGCGGCGAUGAAGGUGGAGGCAGCUGACCCGAAGGUUUCCGCGUUGCUGAGACAGAGUAUGUCUCCGGUCGCGGACACGUUAAUCGGCGGCUCCAAGAGCUCGGUCUCGCAGCCGAUAAUCGAUUACUCUCGUUACGUGAGGCGUUACGCGUCCGGUCAAGAGUGCGGUAGCUCGUACUGUAAGGAGCUCGGUUGCCGCGAGCAUUUCCACUGUCUGGACUGCAGCGGUAGGGUGUUUGUCAAAAAGGAGGAGAUGAUCAGGCAUUUCAAGUGGCACAAAAAGAGGGACGAAUCUUUGCAGCACGGUUUCAUGAGGUACUCGCCGACGGACGAUUGCUCAGAGAGGCACCCGGGUCGCGUGUGCCCGCAUAACCGGAAGCAGACGCAUUAUCACUGCAUCCACGAGAACUGCGACAAGGUUUACAUAUCGACCUCGGACGUGCAGAUGCACGCGAACUAUCAUAGAAAGGACUCGGCGAUCAUACAAGAGGGUUUUCAGAGGUUUCGCGCCACCGAGAGUUGCGCCACCGAACAUUGCCCGUUCGCCGGCCAGCGGACCACGCACUUCCAUUGCCGGCGAGCCGGCUGUCGGUUCACGUUCAAAAACAAGGCUGACAUGGACAAACACAAAUCGUACCACAUAAAGGACGAGCAGCUGUCCCGGGAUGGUUUCAAAAAAUUCAUGAAGUCCGAAGCCUGCCCGUUCGAGCAGUGCCGGUUCUCCCGCGUCUGUAACCACAUACACUGUAUACGGCCGCACUGUAGCUACGUGCUCCACUCGAUCGGUCAACUGUUCUCCCACAAACGGAAGCACGAGCGUCACGAGACCGAGCUGGCCUACCGGAAGUACAAACAGAUCAGUGCCGUCGGUGGCGUACGACCGCCGGGCUCAUGGCCGCCGGACGACCUUAGCUCUCAAAGCCUAUCCUUGAGUCUGAACGGCGAGAGUUCAAACGAGGGCAGAGGCUCGCCCUCUUAUUACUCUCUAGACGAUUCGUUCCAAAGUGCAAGCGAUUUGGCGAUGGAUCUCACCGCGCCGGCUACCACCGUCACUGCCAGCGGAAGUUCCACGAUCACCGCCGACCAGCAGCAACAGAAUCAGCAAAGUCAACAGCUGACCGCGACGGAGUUGGCGUAUCUGUUACCGGCGAACGCAGACUGCCCCUGUCACGCCGGAAGGGAGCAUCACCAUUGCGGCUUGGACCGCUGCGGUGCGGCGUUAAAAGAUCCUCGCGAGGUCCGGGAACAUUUAAGAGAGCAUGAGACUCAGGAACGUAUUACAGACGCGUUCUUUGAGGAAGGUGGAUGCGACGACAGCUGCCCGUACGCUGAUAAAGAAAAACACUAUCACUGCAACUGGGAGAACUGCCGAGAAGUGAUUCUGUCUACUGACAAACCCUUCCGACGUCUUCAACACUAUAAGAUCCACGAGUACAGUCGCCAGUUGAAUUUAUCAUGCUCCUCUCACGCUCUAUCGUCUGACGUGACGUUGACCCACUUGACCAAUAUCGACGCGAUGUUCAGGCGGAAACGUGGCCGGCCGCCUAAAAACCGAGUGAUCGAGAUUUGGUCCGGAGGUGACCCAACGACGCACACCCAUGAUUCUCCUCAAGCGAUCUUCACCAGUUUCAAACUACCCAAGCCUCAGACUCCCAGCUUGAUGAAUCCAAACCCGGUGACGGAGGAGAGGGAAGGCAGCGUCUCGCCGUCGAAUAGUUUAGGCGAGCCCGAAGGGUUCACGACUUACAAUCCUGACGGCUGCCCAGACUUGGCCUGCGUUUUGAGGUCCACCAGACAUCACCACUGUUCUCAGCCGAGGUGUCACUUUUCCACGGACAGGCCGGACCAACUGUUGAUGCACAGCAAAGAUUUUCACGAUAACGUCGACAUACCACCGGGUUUUGCGUUUUUCGACAAGAUGGUCGACUGCCGGCUGCCCGGUUGCCACAGCAAUCGCGUGAAUCGGCAUUUCCAUUGCACCAGACCAAACUGCGGCUACUCGUUCGUGAGGUACUCAACGAUGGCCAUGCACGAGAAGCAGCACAGCGGCCACUGCGACGACAGGCCGUCCUCCGAGUACUCGACGAACGCUCAGGAAUGUCAGACCCAGCCGCUGAUGGUGCAGGAAACAAAACCGAGGAUCCAAGUGAAGAAUCCUGCGGAGUUAAUUGAGAAGCCGGAGGAGAGUCUUGUAGCUGAUUUGGAGAACAGAUCCAUGAAGGAGGAGAAGGAGCCGGAGAUACCCAGCCCCGAUGCCAACAAGACGACCGUGGUGAGGGCGGCAGGCACCUAUUAUCCGGUCAGCGGACCGCCGAGUGAACCCGCACUUCCGGGCGUCGUGCUAUCCAUGCGAACUUCCGUGCACCAAGAAUCUCCGGUCCUCCCGUCGACCAGUUCAGCCUCGCCGCAUACCCUCUACGGACCAGAGCAAAACUGCGGCCGACCUUUUUGCAAAUUAAAACGGAAGAACCAUUAUCACUGCAACGCGUGCAACCAGGCGUUCUCGGAUCUGGAUCGGCUGGUCGCUCACAUACCGAAGCACUCGACGGGCGUCAUCCUCAGCCAGCAGCAACACGACUUGACGAGUCAACCGACGAAUCAAUUGCAGCACGACUACUUGACGCAGUUGUCGCAGAAGCACGACUUCAUGGCGCAGAACAUUCAGAACUUCCAGACUCAGAUGCAGCGGCAGAUGCAACAGACGCUGGGUCAGAUGAGCCAGCAGCAGGUGCAGCCGAAGGAGGUGAAGCUGGAGCCGACGAGAUGCGGGUACGACGUCGGCGUCCAGAACGUUCCGAACGUAAAACGAGAGCCCACCGAAAUCGUCAAAGACGAGGGGAACAGUUCGGUUAUGGAUACUAGCGAGAACGGGCAAUUGUCGCAACCCGGCAUACCUCCCAACGUUCAACAGUCACCGGUUCCAACUAGUUUCGAAUUGGACCUUAGCCACGGAUUUCACUUCCCGAGUCCGGCAGUGAUGGCUGCGAUGAAUCACCAUAUAGCGUUGAUGAAUCAGGCUCUGCCACCGUUUCUGCAACACGGGGGCAUGUACUCUGGUGCACCGGGAUUGAUGUUCGCGCCCGGCCUGCCACCUACGAAUUUUCUACCUCCUGCCAAGGACGAAAAUCCUUUGGCAUCGCUCGCAGCGAAUAUGAACCUGAAAAAGUCGCUAUCGCCGCCUGACAGCAAUUCACCCGAGGCGAAGAAGCAAAGGCUUCAUCACUCCAUGAGAAUGCUUAAAGACGAGCCGGUUCCCGAAGGAUACGUCAGGUUUAGAUUCAAUGAGGACUGCAGGUACAGUCACUGCAGUUACCGAGAGCACCAAACGCACUUCCAUUGCAUGCGCCAGGACUGCGGCUACUCGUUCUGCGAUAAGACGCGUUUCGUCCAGCACACGGCACGCCACGAGCGUCUGGACACGUUGAUGGGCGGCGAUUUCCAGCAAUACCGGGCGAACGUGCCCUGCGGUCGAGCGCAGUGCGCGUAUACCUCGUCGUUAGGCUCGAUGCAGAACAAGGCGUCGCACUUCCACUGUCUUAAGUGCGACUUCGUCUGCACGGACACGAACAAGGUCGUGGCACACAGGCGGCAGCAUGCGAAGCUGGACAGCAUCGCCGCCGCUGGCUUCCAGAAGUUCACUCCCAGUCAGCCGUGCGGCGCGGUGCAAUGCCAGCACUCCGGGAAGCAGACCCACUAUCACUGUCUUCAGUGUCAGUACGCCGUCCUCGGACUGGCGCAGAUGUCCGCUCACAAGUACCGGCACAUGGACACAUAACGAAGCUCUCGUUGGAUCGACGAAGAGGCAGACAUUCCUCGAGCGAAGAUGGUUGCGUGUCUCUCCCCGACCCCACCCCACCCCCCGAGAUCGAUUAUUAUUAACCCGGCCCGGGCGACGGGGAGGAAUCAGCGGGGCGCGCUGGAUCUUUUGAAUCGGUUUUCGAUCCGAUCGGAAACAAGAAAAAGACACGAGGAGAAUCGAGAAAUAAAAAAGACGAGACAUUCCCGGCAGAAUUUUGCUCGCGAUUGUCCACGACGAUAACACCGAUUGGAUGAUUAGGAGCAGACCCCGACCGCGGCCUAGUCAUUAAUCUUCGAGUUUCGAAUCCGGCCCGCCGACGCCGGUCGAUUCGUUUAUCGAAUUCGUAACGUGUUUCGUGUCUUCUCGUUCGGACGCAUCGAAUAAUGUCGGACCGUCGCGUCCGCCCGAUGACUUCGUACUUACGAGGCAAGCAAGAGGUAUCUACGAUCGAUGUCGGUCGAUCUUCCAAUUCGUCGGACGGCGAGAUCCUCGGACAUUUCUUUCUUCCUUUUGUCAAACCGCGAAGUGGCGCGGUUCAGGGAAGAAGGUAUAGCCUGAUUCGCUGAACACGAAACAAGUAGACAAUAAAAAAAACACGGACGGCGAGGGAGCGAUGAUAGCUUUAGAUUUAAAAAAAUAGGCGAGGAGAAAAGACAAAGUAUAAUAUUUAAUAGCGAAAAGACCUUGUACAUUUCGUUUUUCUUGUUCUUUCCCCUUUUUCUUUGUUCUUUCUUUUUUUUAGUAGCACCCGUGUACCCUCCGCGUGCUGCGAGUAGUAUGAGUCAAUAAUUUAGACGACUUGGCUCCUAUAUCUAGAAUUAUAGUUUAGUUUUAAUGUGUGUAUGCAAAGAACUGAGUAGAGAAUCAAACUAUCAUGGAAUUUACUAUCCAUUUGGAGAAAUACUGUUCGAUAUUGCCCAAAACUUAUUUUUUUUGUACAUCCAUCGUUGAAGACCAUUAUUCAAAGUUUUAAAUUUAAUUCUCUUAAACUUUUAGUCAAAAAUCGUUGGUCCUUUUAAUUUUAUAUCUAUUUGACGAAGAUCUUUUAUUUAAUUUUUUAAAUGUAUUAAUUCCAAAUUUUUGGUCGAGGCAAAACAAAGGCGAGUUGAAAAGACAAAAAGCAUUAUGUCUAGUCCAUUGCACCAUCGAUGAAAAAUGUAUGACCAUUGCUGACCAAUCUAAAAAUAAUUCAGCGCAGGAAAUUUACUCAUCAUCAAUAGUGCAAUGAUUUAUCCUACGAUCAUCCACAGUUUUCCUUCUUCCUGUUUUUCUAUAAACACCAAGUGGUAACGAAUCGUACUAAAGAUUACAAGUACCGCAACCAGGAGGGUACCGCGUUUUAUUAUUAAUCGUAUUACGAACAGUAUUGAUUAAAUAAAAAUGAAAAACACACAAAAAUACUACGAAACUGAGAGUUAACAAAAAGACUGCCAGCCAAGACGAGACACAACGACUCGUUUGUUGAAGAGGCAACCGUUUGAUUGCUGGAUAGUGAAACCAGUCAACGUUUUCAUUGAAUAUAUAAAAAACAAACUGAUGUGUGCGAGUAAUAAUGAGAUUCAAGUGGGAAAAGUGUAUAAGGAAGCUGUAUACUCUAAAAUGCAAUCGAAAGCUCGGAAAUGGAGGCGGCCAGGUGUGUGUAUUUUGUAAUAAACGUGCGUUCAGAGAGGAUAACAGAUCUCGCGUUGUUCACAAGGGAUGUUAAAAAAUGUCGACCUUGCUUUCACUUUUGUAAAGUCUUUUACGUUUCUCCAGAUACUUUUAUAUAUUAUUACUGAAUGAAUUUUUUAUUACACAUUUUUCAAUCUUACAUUUGAUCAAUUAAAUUAAAAGCUCAAUUUUCUCUUCGAAAUCAAGAGAGUAGGCGACCAUCCCUUUGCAAGAAGAGACGAUCGACGAGUAGCACGACGAACCUAAGAAAAAAAAGACACUGAGAAAACUGUAUUUUUCGAUGCGAGGAGUACGAUUAGACCGCGUAGCUUUUAGAGGAACAAAACGAGGAGACGUGCGUGUGUUGUGGAUGCGCUGGGUGCCUUUAGUGUUUUCUUCCCCGGGACUUUUGUAGGACCGUGCCUUAGGAAAACGAUGAAACCGAUUUUUUAAAAGGAGAAAAAACAAAGACAGAUGCCAGAUAACAUACGAUAAUAAACGGUGACGCAGUCGUAGAAAGUUAGUGCCUUAACGGAUCGCGUUCCAGGUAUACGAAACAACGAAGAUUCAGUCGCUAAUGAUAAUGACUAACUAAUUUUAUCUCCUUUGUCGACAAUAUCCAAAAAAUAGUUACUACGAAUUUCAACUUGGAAAUAUUCAAGAGGCUUGCGACUGAUAUUGCGAUUCACUUCAACUCUUUUUAGACAAUUUUUUUAGCGCUUUAACGAGUCGAGCACCGUAGCUCGUUCACUGUUAAGAGACCCGUUUUUUAUUUAUUCCUUCUUAAAGCAAGACUGCACUUGGUCAAUUCGUUUCAUCCGAGGCUACGAAUUAAAGAACAAGUUUCAAGGACCUAUCAUUUUAUUUAAGAAUAUUUUCCUGUAUAAUUAUUCGGCUUAUCCAAAGUUCAACAAGAUCGAUCGAUCAUUAUUUGCUACAAAUUCGUAUAUAAUUGUGAAUAAUAGAAUCAGAUAAGAAAACGGGUCUCCCCACCGAUCCAAGACGAGCCACCCCGAAAUCGAGUCCUAAACCUUUCGCCUAUUAGUCUGUAGAAUAUCAUUCCACUAGCAAGGUUACGCGUGUCAACGAAGUCGAUUAGUCACAUAUCGAUCCUCCCUAAUCCUCUCGGGUGUCUCCCACAGUAAUUCAACCAAAUCGCGAAACCGUUCAAAACCAUUUGCAAAAAUGGAGUUCCACAAAGCUAGAAGUCCGGCUGUUGAAUAUUCCUACUGACUCCAUAGACGUUUACUCCUUUAGAAAAGGACCUCCAACGUCUGGCGGGUCGAACAUUGAUUGUACGGGAUUCUAGCUUGUAGGAGAACCUCGAGAGCCGAGCCCUUAUAAAAACGAGUGCCAUAAACGAUGAUGAAGUGUCACUCAACUGUGUAUAGCGUUGAGAUAACAAGAGGAACGUUGUAAAAUAUUUAUUGUAAAGCUUGCGAUUGAUGGUGAACGGAGGGAACCUGAAAGUGGUGAAUACCGCGAGGGGAUCGAGCGUUCAAGCGGGCGCUAACACCCCAACCUCGAUGGCUCAUCGCCUAAGGAGGGAGUUGGAAUGUAGACGAGAACAGAACGAGAGACCGUUUUCGGAACAGAGACGAUGAACUGAGGUUGCCUUAUAUAACUAUCGAGCCUAUAUUAUAUAUAAAUAUAUAAAUAGAUAUAUAUUAUCGUGAAGAUCGUCGUGGACGGUUUUUGAGGAAUAUUAACUACGAAAUGAACAUCGUGUGCUUGAGCGAGUGGAUGCGAUUGGAUGUGAGGUGAAAGAGAGCAUGGAGAAAGAUAACGUAUACCAGUAGAAAGCGUACUAUUAUUUGAGAGACGUAGAGAGAAUAAGAGAGAGAGAGAAAUUUAUCGUACGGUCAUAGUAUUAAAAUAUCUGCUGUAUGGAUGUAAGAGAAGAAAGCUAUUAUAUAAUUUUA